AUGGAAGAUUUAGAGAUAAUAGAAACAGAUUAAAAAAUUGUUUACAAACUAAAUUACUCAAAAUGUAAAUUAUAUUUUUAUGCUAAGAUUGGAUGAAACUCUUUGAGAAAUAGAUGAAAGUUGAAAAAUAAGGAAGGUCUAUUAUUUCAAUAUUAGCAUCAAAGUUUUAUUCAAGAUCUGUCAUAUUUAAAAAUGAUUACUUUAUAUAUAGUGAUACAGAUGCAAAAGAGAAACCAAAAUAUGAGGUAAAAAAAGAUUGUUUUCAAUCUGAAAAAUAUGAAUUCUAUAUUGAAAGGGCUCCGUAUAGGAAUAUCAAUCCUAAAGGAUAUUACUUAAGUCGCUCUCUGAAUCAAGACAUAACUUUUUAAAUAACAUUUAUUUUUUUAAGAAAAAAUUUACGAGCUUUUAGGAAGAAUUAAUUAAACGAAAAUAGUUAUUUUUUGGCUGAAAACGAUAAGUAAAAUUAUGAAUGUUGGGUUUUUAGAGGAAAAUUAGAAAAAGAGUAACAAUAAGUAUUAUCAUAAUACAUAGAUUUGUUAAUAAAAAUAGCAAUCAAUAAAUAAACGGAUAAAGAUCUUAUGGAUUAAUUAAAUAGUAUGAGAUUGAGUUUCGAUUCUGGAAAUAUAUCAAUUAAACAAUCAUUACAUUUACCAAAAAUUUUAUGCAGCUAAAUAGAUUUUUCUAAAAACUCAAAUAAUAAUCAAUAAAACAACGAUCAUACUUACCUACUAGUAAAUUUAAAGGUUUUAAAAUAACUGAAUUUUGAUUUAAAAAGGCAUAUAGUUAUUUGCGAGAACAAAUAUAAUGAACAUCAAAGUUCUUUAAUAAUAAAUACAUAAAAAAUUUAAUAAGAAAUUCUAUUAAUAAAUUUAAGUCUAUUUAAACACUUGAUAAGAAAUAGUCAGAGUCUGGUUAGAUUUUGUGGUAAAGUUGAUAAAUUUGUAGAAGUAGAAAUGUUAGAAUAUUAUUUAAAUGAUGAUAGAUAUAACAGUGAGAAUGAGCCUGAUUAUGAAUAAUACAAAAACAAGAAAAUCCAUACAAAUAUGCUUCCAAAUUAAGUAUGGAAUUGUAAAAUUUAAGAAUAAUCAAAUGAACUAAGUACAAAAAGUGAUAACAGUCAAAUUGAUGAAAUGAAAGAUAAUAAAGAUUAAAAAAAAUCACAUGUAUAAAAUAAAAAUGAAUUUAAAAAAUAAAUUGACCAAACUACUUAAUAGAAAUAAAAUUAAAAGAAUGAAAUACAAAAUACGAAUGAAAUUAAAAACCCUAUUGAUGGAACAAAUAUAAAUUAAUAAAAUUAAAACACUAAAAUAAUAUCUACAAAUGGUUUUAAUAUGCCUAUUGAUGGAACUAAUAUAAAUUAAUAAAAUUAAAACACUAAAAUAAUAUCUACAAAUGGUUUUGAUAUGCCUAUUGAUGGAACUAAUAUAAAUUAAUAAAAUUAAAACACUAAAAUAAUAUCUACAAAUGGUUUUGAUAUGCCUAUUGAUGGAACUAAUAUAAAUUAAUAAAAUUAAAACACUAAAAUAAUAUCUACAAAUGGUUUUGAUAUGCCUAUUGAUGGAACUAAUAUAAAUUAAUAAAAUUAAAACACUAAAAUAAUAUCUACAAAUGGUUUUGAUAUGCCUAUUGAUGGAACUAAUAUAAAUUAAUAAAAUUAAAACACUAAAAUAAUAUCUACAAAUGGUUUUGAUAUGCCUAUUGAUGGAACUAAUAUAAAUUAAUAAAAUUAAAACACUAAAAUAAUAUCUACAAAUGGUUUUGAUAUGCCUAUUGAUGGAACUAAUAUAAAUUAAUAAAAUUAAAACACUAAAAUAAUAUCUACAAAUGGUUUUGAUAUGCCUAUUGAUGGAACUAAUAUAAAUUAAUAAAAUUAAAACACUAAAAUAAUAUCUACAAAUGGUUUUGAUAUGCCUAUUGAUGGAACUAAUAUAAAUUAAUAAAAUUAAAACACUAAAAUAAUAUCUACAAAUGGUUUUGAUAUGCCUAUUGAUGGAACUAAUAUAAAUUAAUAAAAUUAAAACACUAAAAUAAUAUCUACAAAUGGUUUUGAUAUGCCUAUUGAUGGAACUAAUAUAAAUUAAUAAAAUUAAAACACUAAAAUAAUAUCUACAAAUGGUUUUGAUAUGCCUAUUGAUGGAACUAAUAUAAAUUAAUAAAAUUAAAACACUAAAAUAAUAUCUACAAAUGGUUUUGAUAUGCCUAUUGAUGGAACUAAUAUAAAUUAAUAAAAUUAAAACACUAAAAUAAUAUCUACAAAUGGUUUUGAUAUGCCUAUUGAUGGAACUAAUAUAAAUUAAUAAAAUUAAAACACUAAAAUAAUAUCUACAAAUGGUUUUGAUAUGCCUAUUGAUGGAACUAAUAUAAAUUAAUAAAAUUAAAACACUAAAAUAAUAUCUACAAAUGGUUUUGAUAUGCCUAUUGAUGGAACUAAUAUAAAUUAAUAAAAUUAAAACACUAAAAUAAUAUCUACAAAUGGUUUUGAUAUGCCUAUUGAUGGAACUAAUAUAAAUUAAUAAAAUUAAAACACUAAAAUAAUAUCUACAAAUGGUUUUGAUAUGCCUAUUGAUGGAACUAAUAUAAAUUAAUAAAAUUAAAACACUAAAAUAAUAUCUACAAAUGGUUUUGAUAUGCCUAUUGAUGGAACUAAUAUAAAUUAAUAAAAUUAAAACACUAAAAUAAUAUCUACAAAUGGUUUUGAUAUGCCUAUUGAUGGAACUAAUAUAAAUUAAUAAAAUUAAAAAACUGAAAUUAUAAAUAAAAGUGAAGUUAAUAAACUUACGAAGUAAACUUGUUUCUAAAAAGGCAAAGAACCUUAAAAAAUAAAUUAAGUUGGUAAUUAACUAAUAAGAUAAAAUUAAAAUAAUAAUAAAUAAUAAAAUAGAUAAAAUAGAUAAAAAUAUCUUAUUCAUCGAUAUUAAGUUAACUCUUAGUCUAAAAUAGAAAUUCGAAACACUGAACAUGAACUAUCAUUUAACAAUUAAUCAAAAACUUAAAUAAUUAAUCUUUCAAAUCGAAUAAUUACAGAUAGCGAUAGUUCCUUUACAAUAUUUAGUUUAAAUUUAGACUAUUUAAAUGAUUAAGAAAAAAAAAAACUCCAAGAAAAUUAUUUUAUCAACUAUGUUUGCUCUAUAAUUUAUGUAGAAAAUUAAAUUGCACCUUUGAAUAACACAACAAUCUAAAGUGGAAUUUAGAAUGCAUGUAGAUUAGAAUUGGAUAAUUUGAUUACUUUUGAUGAUUCAGAUUGA